AUGAGCGUAACUACUGCAACCCCAAGCACCAAUGUUGUCCAACAACAACAGCAACAGCAACAGCAACAGCAACAGCAACAACCGACUCCACCACAACCACAGCUGCAAACUGGAAUAGUGGCGGAACAACCACUUUUAAACGGAAAAAUUACUGUAAAAGUAGAAGAUAUUAAAAUACCAUUGCCUAACACCACAGGACAGUUACAACAACUUAUAUAUAGAUACAAAGCUAUAUUAGAUUAUCCUGAUGACAACAAAUACGAAAUUAACGCCAUCGAAAACGUAUUGCGUAAAAUCUCGUAUGAUCAAGAUCAAUAUUUGAAAAAUCUGGAUGAUUUGAGAAACUUUAAAAAUGAUCAAUCAAUGGAAUAUAAUGAUGAAAUCUUACAAAAACAAUUAUUAGCAUUGAAACUUAUCGAAAAAGAUUUAGACUUCCCUGAAGAACUAUUAGAAUCUUUCUUCCCCAAUGAAGAAAGUUUUAAUGGCAGUACUACCACUACUACCAACAAUAAUGAUGAUGUUAAUGAAGAAAACGUUAAUGAAAUAAAUGAAACAAAGAAUUCAAAGUUAUUCAAACCAAUAAAAAUUUCAUUGGAUUUUGAAUCAAAAUCCAAAGCUUUGGGUCUGUCUUCAAAAAUUUCAAACAUGCCAGAAAAUAAAUUAGGACAUUAUAAAAUUGAAUCAAAUAUAUCCACCCGCAUAGCUAAAAGAAUAGGCGAACUAGAAAGAUUGCCUGCAAACUUAGGUACAUAUGAUUUAGAAGAUGCAUUAGAAUUUGUAACCAAAAGUGAUAUUCCUUCAAGUAUUGAUAAAUUGAAAAUUAGUGCAUUAAUUGAAUUGAAGUGCUUGAAGUUAUUAACAAAACAAAAGUCAUUGAGACAAAAAUUAAUACACAAUGUAACAAAUCAAGCCCAUCAUAAUAUUCCCCAAUUCCGUGACUCCCCAUUUACAAUGGCAGCUCAAAGAGCAGUCCAAGUCAGAAGUAAAGUCAAUGUACCACAAACAGUCAGACUUGCAGAAGAACUUGAAAGACAACAGUUAUUGGAAAAAAGAAAGCUUGAACGUAAUUUGCAUAUGAAGAAAUUAAAUGAUAUAAUAGAAACAGUUCAAGAAAACUUGGAAAAUAAAUGGACAAAACGUGAUCGUGGUGCUCAAUUUGGUAGAAUCUUCCAAUCAUUACAUACUCAAAUAGAAAAAGAUGAACAAAAGAGAAUUGAAAAGACUGCCAAACAGCGUUUAGCAGCUUUGAAAUCUAACGAUGAAGAAGCCUAUUUGAAAUUAUUGGAUCAAACAAAAGAUACAAGAAUUACACAAUUGUUGAAGCAAACUAACACAUUCUUGGAUUCUUUAUCUCAAGCGGUUAGAGUGCAACAAAAUGAAGCUAAAGCCCUUCAUGGUGAAGAAAUUACUCCUAUUACGGACGAAGAGAGAGAAAAUGUUGAUUAUUAUGAAGUUGCUCAUAGAGUUAAGGAAAAGAUAGAAAAGCAAUCUUCAAUUCUUGUUGGUGGUACCUUAAAGGAAUAUCAAAUCAAAGGUUUAGAAUGGAUGGUGUCUUUAUAUAAUAACCAUUUAAAUGGUAUCUUAGCAGAUGAAAUGGGUUUGGGUAAAACAAUUCAAUCCAUUUCUUUAAUCACUUAUUUGUAUGAAGUUAAGAAAGAAACAGGUCCAUUUUUAGUCAUAGUUCCAUUAUCAACCAUCACCAACUGGACUUUAGAAUUUGAAAAAUGGGCACCAAGUUUAACAACAAUUAUAUAUAAAGGUACACCAAACCAGAGAAAAGUUCUUCAAAACCAAAUUAGAUCAGGUAAGUUUGAUGUGCUAUUAACGACCUAUGAAUAUAUCAUUAAAGACCGUUCAUUAUUGUCCAAAUAUGAUUGGGCCCACAUGAUUAUCGAUGAAGGUCAUAGAAUGAAGAAUGCUCAAUCUAAAUUAUCAUAUACAAUCCAACAUUACUACCGUACUAGGAACAGAUUGAUUUUGACUGGUACCCCAUUGCAAAAUAAUUUACCAGAGUUAUGGGCACUAUUAAAUUUCGUUCUACCAAAAAUUUUCAACUCAGCUAAAACAUUUGACGAAUGGUUCAAUACUCCAUUUGCUAAUACCGGUGGUCAAGAGAAAUUAGAAUUGACAGAAGAAGAGGCGUUAUUGAUUAUCAGAAGAUUGCAUAAAGUUUUAAGACCUUUCUUACUACGUCGUUUAAAGAAAGAAGUCGAAAAGGACUUACCUGAUAAGAUCGAAAAGGUUGUUAAAUGUAAGUUAUCAGGUUUACAACAUCAACUGUACCAACAAAUGUUGAACCACAAUGCUCUUUUUGUUGGUGCUGGUACUGAAGGUGCUACAAAGGGUGGUAUUAAAGGUUUGAAUAACAAGAUUAUGCAACUAAGGAAGAUCUGUAAUCAUCCUUUCGUUUUUGAUGAAGUUGAAGGUGUUGUCAAUCCUACUAGAGGAAACUCUACUUUAUUGUACCGUGUGUCAGGUAAGUUUGAGUUACUAGAUCGUGUUCUUCCAAAAUUUAAAGCUUCUGGUCACAGAGUCUUGAUUUUUUUCCAAAUGACUCAAGUAAUGGAUAUUAUGGAAGAUUUCUUAAGAAUGAGAGACUUAAAGUAUAUGAGAUUAGAUGGUGCAACCAAAGCUGAGGACAGAACGGAUAUGUUGAAGGUAUUUAAUGCCCCUAAUUCCGAUUAUUUCUGUUUCUUAUUAUCUACCAGAGCUGGUGGUUUGGGUUUGAAUUUACAAACCGCUGAUACUGUUAUUAUUUUUGAUACAGAUUGGAAUCCACAUCAAGAUUUACAAGCACAAGAUAGAGCUCACAGAAUUGGUCAAAAGAAUGAGGUCAGAAUUUUAAGAUUGAUUACAACUGAUUCCGUGGAAGAAGUUAUUCUUGAAAGGGCUAUGCAAAAGUUGGAUAUUGAUGGUAAGGUUAUCCAAGCAGGUAAGUUUGAUAACAAAUCUACCGCAGAAGAACAAGAAGCAUUCUUAAGAAGAUUACUUGAAAAUGAAACUCCAAAAGAUGAAGAAGACGAUGCUGAAAUGGAUGAUGAGGAAUUGAAUGAGAUUUUAGCUCGUUCCGAAGAGGAAAAAGUGUUAUUUGAUAAAAUUGAUCAAGAUAGAAUGGCAGCAGAAAAGGCUGAAGCUAAGGCCCAAGGUCUGAAACAAGCAUUGCCAAGAUUAAUUCAAUCUGAUGAACUUCCAGAAGUAUUUACUGAAGAUAUUACUAAGCAUUUACAAGUCGAACCUGUUGCAGUUGGCAGAGUUAGAGAAAAGAAGAGAGUUUACUAUGAUGAUGGGUUAACUGAAGAACAAUUCUUACAAGCUGUUGAAGAUGAGAGCGUUACAUUAGAAGAAGCCAUUCAUAAGAGACGUGCUGCAAGAGAAAAAAGAAAGCGUAAAACUGAAGACAGCGAUGAAGUUGGUACAAUUGAGAACACUCCAGAACCAUUAUUGCAAGAUGAAAUUGUAGAUGAAGUAGUUAAAGUUGAACCUGCUCCGCCUAAAAGAUUACCUGGUAGACCAAGAAAGAGAAGAUUACCAUCAGAGCCCCCAGAGGAUGAAGUUGCUGCUGGUACUGAACCAGAAGCUAAAAAGCCUAAAUUAAAGAUUAAGCUAAAAUUGAGAAAAGAAAAUAAUGUUAGUGAAGAAGCUGUAAUCGAUGAACCUGUAGCUAAUGAAGUUGCAACUAAUGAGGUUGUUGCCAAUGAUGUUACUGAAAAGGUGAACAACGUGAAGAAGGGUAAGAAGGAGAACUCUACAACUAAGGUUGAAUCUGGAGGAGCUGAAAUUAAUCAUACACCUAAAGGUAAGAAAGGAAGGAAGAGUUCCUCAUGCGAAUUUACACCUAAAAUCGACGAAUUGGUGAAGUCCAUGCGCCAAGUUCUCGACGAAGGAGACGAGCAUCAAUUAACGGCAAUAUUUGAAAAGCUACCCUCCAAGAGAUUAUAUCCUGAUUACUACACAGUUAUUAAGAAACCUGUUGCUAUUGAUACCGUUUUAAAAAGCUGUAAAAGUGGUCAAUAUAAGAGUAUUCAAGAAGUUCACGAAGAUCUACAUAUAAUGUUUGAAAAUGCCAAGUUUUACAACGAGCCUGGAUCCUGGGUUUACAAUGACGCAGUUAAAUUGGACGAAUACGUCGAUAAAUGGUUCAAAGACAACUCAAAUUAG